ACGUCACGGGCGCGUGCGCUCUCCGCGCGCACGGGCAACGACCGGGACGGAACGUUACCCGCGGGGCGUGCUGGUUUCCUUAGAAACGGAGCCGCGCCGGGGAGGCGGUGGAGAAACAAGGGCUACCUUCGGGCCCCUGGUGAAGCCAGGAUGCCGUCCAAGGGAAAGGAUAAAAGGAAAGGCAAGAGUAAAGGCAAAGGCAAAGACAAGAAGAAGAUAAUAAAAGCUGAUGAAUCUGCAGUGGACAGAGCCAAGGCCAAUGCCUCCCUUUGGGAGGCCAGGCUGGAAGUCACAGAACUCUCUAGGAUUGAGUAUCGUGAUACUUCGCGGAGACUGGCAAAAAGUAAUGAGGACUUAAAGAAACAGCAGUAUAAAAUGGAAAAAGACACAAUGUCUGUAUUAAGUUACCUGAAGAAGCAGGAUCAGGAAAAAGAUAAUAUGAUUGAAAAACUGAAACAACAAUUGAAUGAAACAAAAGAAAAAGCCCAAGAGGAGAAGGAAAAAUUGGAACAAAAGUAUACUGGGCAAAUAAAUGAGCUGGAGGGACAGUUUCAUCAAAAGGCCAGAGAAAUUGGCAUGAUUCAGACAGAGCUGAAAACAAUAAAACAAUUCCAGAAGAGAAAAAUCCAAGUGGAGAAAGAAUUAGAUGAUCUGAAGGAGAAUUUAAGGAACACAGAGAGGAAACAUCAGGAGACACUUCGAAGACUGGAGGGCAGAUUUUUUGAAGAAAAGCACCGACUAGAACAAGAGGCUGAGAAGAAGAUAAUAAUGCUGGCAGAGAGAGCUCACCAUGAAGCUGUUGUGCAAUUGAACAAUGCUGGAAGAUCUGUUUUUAAAGAGAAUGUCUAUCUCCAGAAAGCUCUCGCAUACCAUCUGAAGGAAGCUGAUGCUCUACAAAAAAACUCCCAGAAGUUGCAAGAGACUCAGACUUUCCUUUUACAUCAAAAGGAGAUCAAUGACCUGUUGGUUAAGGAAAAGAUUAUGCAACUUACCCAGCAAAGAUUGCAAAUCCAAACUCUUCAGAAGAAGGUGGUAAGCUUGGAGACUGCCCUGAGUUGUAUGACCAGAGAGUUUGAGAUUGAAGUUUGUAAAAUACAGCAACAGGCAAUGAUAGAGAAUGAAGCAGGGCAGGUUGAAAUUGACAAGCUGCAGCAACUUCUCCAGAUGAAGGACAAAGAAAUGAAUCGAGUAAAGAAGCUGGCCAAGAACAUACUGGACGAGAGAACAGAAGUGGAAAGGUUCUUUUUAGAUGCUCUACACCAAGUGAAGCAACAGAUCCUAUUUAGCAGGAAGCAUUAUAAACGGGUAGCACAAGCUGCUUUCAAUUUUAAAAUGAGAGAGGCAUGUGCAGGAAGAACAGAAUAUCCCAAAAUCCGAACGUUUGAUGGCAAAGAGCACAGCACCAACAGUGUGAAUCAAGAUCUUAUGGAGGCUGAGAAAUGGACCGAUAUUCAAGGAAAUGUGGAUAUUGGAGAUUUGACCUGGGAGCAGAAGGAGAAAGUCUUGAGAUUGCUUUUUGCAAAAAUGAAUGGUUUUGUUCCUAGGAAAUACAGCCAGCAUUCUAGGCCUCCAGUUCCAGACUAUGUUGUUCUUGAUGGAGAGAGAGAGGAAUUUGGGGGACCUCCUGACAAGCCCUGCCGAACAACGUAUGACCCCACAAAAGCUACUGGCAGGCCCUUCCCUGCAGAAUCCUUGUUCCUGAAUAUGUUCAAGAAACUUUCUUAGAGGAAAAAACAUUUUCUUACAGUUACCUGUUUGCCAUAGAAAUUGGUGUCUCCCCUGAAGGAAGAUCGAGAGCCAGUGAACGAGAACAUUGGCAAAGGCACCGGAAUAGGGACAUUCACCCCCACCUAAAGCAGAACAAAUCCACGUCAAAUAAAAGGACUCAAACAAAGGAACUCUCCAUCUAGAAGCACAAAUGCCUGACAUCACAGAGACCAAUUCCAAAUACCCCAACUUUUACGCUCUCCUGCAUCCCAUGCACGAACUUUGGUUCCUGAGGAAGAAAUGGGGCAUUAUGGGAAAUCAGAGGGGCAGCGACCAAUCACUUCACCAUCUCCCUUAGAUAGGAAACAGUAUACGGCUCCAAGAAUCUCCUAAAAAUCCUGUACACAAACCUGUCCAACGUCCACCAGGUGGGAAUAUUUCCGAGCAGUGGCUCCAUUGGUAGUGAAGAUGGCGGUUCCAUUUCCAUAUGGAUUGUCAUUUACUAUCUUGAUGGCUUCAUCCAAAGUGUCUGUCUCCAGAACUACAAGAACUGGACCAAAAAUUUCCUCUUUGUAACAGGUCAUUGUUGGCUGUCAGGAGUGAUACAUCCAGAAAAGAAGUCAGUACUUGAUGCUUAUCUGUUACUUUAUUACCCACUGCUUACAUGGACAGCUUUCAUGCUAGGAACCUCUCUUCAUUGUAAACCACCUUUAAAAAAAAAAGUCCAUCUUUGCUGUGUUCCAACUUCCAAGCUUCCAAUCGUAUAAAUGAUCUGAAACUCCUAUUAACAACAAUUUCACUCCCAUCUUUUAAGCACCAUAGUUUUAGGUCCCAUGACCCAUCACUAAUUUCCUCUUAACCUGUUUAUACAAUUGUUAUGUUACUGAAAAGUUACAUGAAAAUUCAUUUUUUAUAAAUCAAAUGUAUAUUGGAAACACCACAGGAAGGUGUUUCUGUUUAAAGAAAACCUAUGCUAAGUUUUCCGUAACAUAAUUCAUUCUCAUUCAUUCCUUUGCCUCCCAAAUGAGUUUGCAAUUAUAACUCGAUACCAGGUCACACUAAACAUUCAAAACAUCCUUUACUGCUUGCAGUUAGCUGUGUUUGUGGCUAAUAAGUGGAUUUUACCCCCUGUGGUUCUGUGACAAGAGACUUCAUGAUUUCUACUACACUUAUAUUCAACUCUUAGUUAUUCAGGAUUAUAAUAGGAUUAGUGGGGACAUAGGAAUUUCCAAAGAUUUAGUCAUUAAUUUUAGCUGAGAGACUUGCAGAGUUUCGAUAAAUAAAAACUGAGAGUCAUUCUUUUUCUUUCGUAUCUUUCUGGUGAAGAGGCAGCACAGAGAAGGUACUCAAUAAAUACUGAGUGGUGGUUAUAUUGAUGGAGACACUGCAAGAGCUAUAAGCUAGAUAACGAGGAGUGGGAAGAAAAAACUCGCAUUAAAUAUGUAAAAAAUAUAAGAUAGGGUUGGCAAAAUAUGGCCUAUGGGCUGAAUGUGGCUUGCUAUUUGUUUCUCUACAGCUCACAAGCUAAGAAUGGCUUCUGUAUUUUUUAAAUGGCUGCAAAAGAAAUCAAUCAUGACA